GAUAGUUUUCAAUACCAAUGCCAUGCAAAGUGGUUUGGUUCAAGAACCAAUAGAGAUUCACACAAUUCUAUCACGCCAGAUGAUCACACUCACCAGCAAGGCAUUAUUUCCACUUUUGGUUGCUUGCAAGAUAAUAAGAAAGUUUUCUGUGUCAAAUCCAUGGGCAGGCUCUAGCUCGACCAAUCUCAAGAGAAGACCAAACGCUGAAUACCCCGGAAGACAGAGUUGCUGCAAUUCAGUUCUUUGUGUUGGAAAAGCAGACUUCAAACUAAUUGCAAUUCAUGUGAAAAUGGUGAUUCCGUCUGGAGAAAUUACAGCUGGACCCUUUUUCCACUCGGUUGAUGUGAAGCGGAGCAUGGAGGAAGGUGAAAAACGAUUCAAUAAACUUUCUAUUGAAGAGCGUGGAAAAUUUGACGAAGAGACACUAGUCAAUGUGAACAACAUAAAAAAGCAAAGUGCCACCAGCCAGAGAGCUAGUGGAUUCAGCAAUGAAUACAUAGUGAUAACAAUCUUGGUGGCUGCCGAAGGCAUUCACAAACUGCCAACCAUCAAUAGCAGCAGAGACCUGAAGGAAGCCUUGCAAAAGAUUGGCUCUAUUCCCUCAAAUAGAACUCUGGCAGUUGAGGUAUUAUGGACCCCUCAGAAUGAGAAUGACACGUUGUCCGAGCGAGAAUUGCUUGAAGAUUACCCACUAUUGCGGCCUCUAUAA